AAGUUUCAACUCGUAUACAGUGUGAACUCGUGAUAAGUACUGUCUGCCUCAAUAUUCGUCUGGUAUCAUGACAGUGUUUUGGAAUUUUCUUUAAUGUCAAGCAGCAUUUUUUUUGAAGCAGCGAUAGUAAUGUUGAACUAUCUUGUGUGACAUUUGUCAAAACAACACUUUCCUCUGAUAUUACUUUCGGUCAGGAGUUACAGUGUCAUUUAGAAGAAAGUGGCCGCUUCACGGCUUCCAACUGCAACCGUGGCAUCCCAGGCAGAUCACCCUCUCCAUUCCAGCGCUCAGCACUUCCCAUGGGUUGUUGGAAGCACUAGUUGCACACUGGACCAAUUGGACAGACAAUCAUCCAGUCCAAACCUUAUUGAACUGGGGGAACCUCGCGCCUCUGCUGCUCCACAGCGCGAGGUUCCCCAUAAUCUGAGAAAUAGAGGUGUUAUUUGUGACUCUCCUCAACACAAUGGCGGUUCUAUAUCCCCAGCAUCAACAAGUGGAGCCAGCAUGCCCUUGCGAGACUCACCUGGGGCAUCAAGUACCGCUAGUGACUCACCCACUCCCAAGAAUAACAUUCAAGAUUCUCAUUGGCAUGGAUUGGAGGAACGAUGUCAGCUGCUUGGCACUGAAGAAGAAUCCUCAGAUAGACAUAGCAGCGCCAGUGACACUGACCAUGAUGAUACAUCAUGGUCCCCCUGGAUAAUUACAACAGAACAGCGUGACUAUUACUGUGCCCAAUUUCGUGCACUUCAGCCUGAUGUGAAUGGACUUUUGUCUGGCCCGGAAGCUCGCUGCUUCUUUGAAAAAUCACGUUUGUCCUUACCUGAGCUUAGAAAAAUUUGGCAAUUGGCUGAUGUUACUAAAGAUGGUGCUCUAUCACUUGAAGAAUUUAAAACUGCCAUGCAUUUGGUGGUGUUGAGACGGAACAAUAUUGAUCUCCCUGAUAAAUUGCCUCCUUCCCUCAUCCCCUCCAUUCCACCAUCAGCACCUGCACCCCCACCUCCUCCAAAAGCAAUCUCUGGAGAGAAACAUAAGCCCACCUCUGAAGAAAGUCUUGCCCUUUCCAAUGUGUCCCCUCCUCAAGCAGAUUUAACAUCGCCUCAAAAAGGAAAAGAUGUUUCUAAGUGGACGAAGUUUAUGGAUUCUCCAACCAGUUCAGUGUCCUCCCCAGGGCCAAAACCGGUUAACUUUGAUUUUCACAAAUCAGCUGUUGAACAGGAUCCCAAAAUUUUACAUCCAGUACCUCUGAGGCUCACUCCAGAGUCUCAAAAUUUGACUGCCACUGGGGAUGAUACUGGGGACCCUUGCCGCUCACCACGUCGUUUGACAUCUGAUGCAGCACACGACUAUGAUUCAAUUGUUGCUCCUCCAGAUAUUAGACCCAUUCAACGUCCUCAGCCAAAGAAACCAGCUGCUCCAGGACCUGGUGCAAUCCCUCCCCCUCCCCCGUCUCAGGCAGCUGUCAUGUCAUCCUCGGAAGGAGCGUCUACCUCUAAUACAUCUGGGUUUUCUAUCUCAGGCCCAACUAGUCUGCCCAUGGGCUUGAAGAAAGAUCCACCCCCUCCGCCUCCUCCAAGACCACAUCGCACACAUGCUAGAAGUUCCUCUCUUGAUCUCAACCGCUUAGAUGCUUCAUCUGGGAAGAACAUUGCUCUUCUAGGCGCCCCACCGAUGGUUCCUCCACGGAUAUCUCCUAGCACUAUGACUUCACGCAAACUUAUGGGACAACACAGUGAAGGUGCUGAUCCAUUGCAUCAGGGCUUUGCUGAUUUUACUCAAUUUGAAAAUCAGUCUGAUUUUGAUGCAUUUCCGCGUCGUCAUGGAGCAUUUGAAGUAUACCGGAAGCCAACGCCAAAAAAUGCAGUUGUGGCUCAUGAAAAUGUAGAUCUUGUGGAGGAUGUGCUCAAGAUGAAAUCUAAAAGGCCUGCGGUUGGGGACAAAAUGUCUUUUCAACAGCUUCAAGAAAAAAAUGCAGCUCUUGUACGUACUUGCCAUCUUUUAAGCCUGGAACUUGCUGAAGUUCAGACAGAAAAAGCUGAAUUAGAAAUACAGCUUGAACAGCUAAGAGCUUCCCUUCCCCGAUAGAGGAGCUUUUUAAAUUUUACAGUUUUGCAAUGCUAUUAUUUAAUACUAAUCGACUGGAGUUCACUGAUAAUAUUUUACCAUAAUUGUAUUCUAAUUUGUUGUUGUAAUUUUAGACUCCUCAAGUGUGACGUAUUUUACUUUUAAAAAGUACCGAUUUAGUUUAUAUCUGGUGUACUUCUAGCAGUGAAUCUACUCCUUCGAAUUUGUGUUAUUGUCCAUAUCACUUCUUCAUUUACAUUAGAGAGGAGUAGUAUAUGUUUUAAAGGUUUUACCUAUAUAUAGAAAAGUUUUUCAGAUUUAGACAAGUUUGUUAGAUUUUUUUUCCCCUCUUCAGUCACCUUGUGUUGUACUUUAACUUCUCUAUAAUUUAAUGGGAAAAAAGUCUAAUUAACCUGCAAUCAUUCAUAGCCAUAAACGUCUCACUUCAAUUUUGUUGGAUAGAUUCCCCAUUGGAUAUGUGAUCAAGUUUUGUAAUUAAUUUUGUUAAAUGUUAUCAUUUUAUUUAAUGAAAGUAUAAGUUAAGUAUUUUGUAGAACCAUGUGAAACAAAAGUAACCAUUGUAAAGAACUUUCACAUCAUAUAUUUAUUCCUGUGCAUAUGAAUUAAAGAUACAAUUGCAUCCAUUGUUAACAUGUGCUCAGUGAAGUAUUUUUGUAAGACAUAAAAAUGCUCCACAGUUGCCAAACUGAUCUAGGACUGACUUACUUGAAAAUUGACAGAUGACUUCAAGCUACUUCAGGCUUCUUCAGUAUUUCCUGUCAUUGUUGAGAAAUUCUCUCUUCAUUCAAAUAAAUAUCUAAGAGAAAUAAUAGUGUUUUGUGCACUCUAUCAUAACGAUUAUUUGAUUAGGUAUGUUGCCUUUUUAGACCUAUUGUAUGAAGGUAGGCUUAUAUUUUAUACUUAUAAACUCAAGAAUGUGAGAUAUUUUCAAAGCUGCAAGGGAUGAAGUGGCAUCAUGGACUUGAGAAAUUGAAGUUUAGUAAUAUUUACAAUUUACUUCAAAAUCUCAGAGUGCCUUUUCAUGUUAAAUAAUAGACAUCUGAGCUGUGUUUCCUGUUUUGUCAGGGAGGUGAAAUUUUCUUCUUCAUUCUUGGAACUGUCAAGGACUUUAAACUCUAGCUCUCAAAAUUCUGAGUAGUUACAUUAUCGUCAGAUGAUGUAAGUUCACUUAGUUCAUCAAAGAGGAAGAAAAUGUUUAUCUUAGAGGUGUGGUGAGGUGUCCCUGCUUGAAUUGCUGUGAUCUGUUCAACGUAGCAUUAUAAUUUGUUUUUCUUUAAUUCUGAAAUUUUGUACAUAUGUAGUUAACAACUAAGCUUCUUUAACAUGUCUUUAGAUGCAGUUCCAGGGAUACUAUUAAUUUCCACUCCUUACCCAAACUGUGCAUGAAAGUUCAGACAAAGUGUGUGUGUGUGUGUAGCAAAGGGAAUACAUAGUAGAUUGUUUUUGGCAUAUAAAGAUAAAAAAUCUCUAUAUCUUCAAAAUCUUACAAACCUCAAGUUUUUACCAAAGAGUUUUCAAUAUUUAAAAUAGAAUGUAAUGAAAAAGACACGUUUUGUCCUUCUGAAACAUUCUUAUUGUUCUUAUCACUACACAAUUGACUGUUACUUUAAUUAUCCGCUGCCGUAUCUCUAUCAAGAAACUAAAACUGACCAUAUCUGGAAUAGUCUGACCAAAACUCUUUCAUAGGACUUAAAUUGUUGUAUUUACAUUGCAGUUUGAGGAUAGAAUUGUCCUUAUUUUAACCCCUGAAAGUUUGGGAAGGUCUCAUUACCUAUCAACUGCAUAGUCCCUAGCAAUAAACUCUACAUCUAGACUUCUUCAAUUUGUAUUACUGUAAAUGUAUUUCUCACUUUGCUUUUUGUGCUUGUAAGUUAUAAGAAGCAUGAGGUUCUCAUAUAUUUUGUUGUACUAUUUCAUAAACAAAGUAAUAAUUAGUAUGAGGUAUUAUGCCUAACACUAAAUUAUUGGCACAAGUGUUUUGCGGAAGUAGUUCUGUUCAAGGUACUUACCACUUACUGCUGAUAGUCUCAUGCCCUGCAUGUAGUGCAGCAAGCAGCUCAAACCGAUGAAUAAUUUCAUUGUUGCAGUAAAUAAUUUGUUUUAGUUCAGCACUUGUAUUUUCUUGCUAGCUUGUGCCAUGGAUAUGCCACUCCUGUGAUGUAAUUGAGCCAUAAUGAGAUGAAUGAUUACAAUUUUCACCAGGGAGAUUUGCCCAUCUCAGGCAACUGCUUGACACAGCUUAUCCAAGUUCACCAAGACAUUGUGAGUUAUUAGUUAUAGAUACCCAAUUUCUGUAUUGCCUUUGUUUACUGUCCAUAAUGUCCAGUCUACUACUUAUUAAAUGGCUUUUCUCAUUGUUCUCCUGUUGUCUGGUUUUAGAAAUUAAAACCAACUGCAAAGGGAACAUGCAAAUUAAGAAGAACAUAUAAAUAAUUCAGAGGAGCUAUUAAUACUGAUUUUAUCUCAAAUAUGGUCAGCAUUCUUACCCAGAGAACAUAGUUAUUAUUUUAGUUUUCUGUCAAAUUGGAAAACAAUUGUGGCUGAAAAAAUUGUAUUUUGGAUCAACACCGUAUAUGAAAUAUUUUGCUAAAGGAAUAAGUAGUUUUAAUUGACUAUGUAUUGGAAGCAUUGAGGGAUCACUAACUCAAGUGUAAUACUUCUAAGAAAUCUUUAUCAAAUGGGUCCCAUUCUUUUUGUUACUACUUCUUCCAAGAUGCACUCGGAUCAUAAUUCUAUAGUGAAUCUAGCUUAGACAUUUGUCUCGAGUGUUUGUACGGUGUGCAGUAUGUGAAACUUUUUAUUGCAGUGACUGUGUGGAUAGUGAGGACAGAACAAUUAUAUAUUCUUUAUUGAAUCAAGUCAA